CUCAUUGUGUUAUUAGUUAAUGCUCCGUGGCCAGUAACGCGACUUGUUUGUAGAAUUAACUGUUAUAAUAGUGGAGAAAAUACUUUAUAAACUUCUAUGGAUUACAUUUAUAUGGAUUUCCUACAGAAAAUGAGUAAUUGAACUUCAGUUUGGUUUAAUUUUUAUGUUCUUAGUUCUACCAAGUGGUUCUAAAAAGAGUCAUGAAGAUAAUUCUAUUGUGUAUACUUGUGCUGUGUUCUGUGGUCAGUAGUUAUAGUAAAAUACAAAGUGGAGAAUCCCGUCAUGUAAACAGCCAUCGUGUGUCAAAAAAAUAUUCGCCGGAAUGGAAGGAUCUAGAUACGAGGCCAUUACCCCAUUGGUAUGAUGAUUCAAAAAUCGGUAUUUUCCUACACUGGGGAGUUUAUUCAGUUGUCGGUUUCUCUGAAUGGUUCUGGAGUAAUUGGAAAGGUGGUGAUGAAAAAAUAAACAAAUACAUGAAGGAGCAUUAUCCUCCAGACUUCACAUAUCAAGACUUCGCACCGAUGUUCAAAGCAGAGUUCUUUGACCCCAGCGAGUGGGCCGAUUUAUUUUUAAAAUCUGGUGCUAGAUACAUUGUUUUGACAAGUAAACAUCACGAUGGCUUCACAAUGUUCCCUUCACAUCGUUCCUUCAGUUGGAACUCUUACGAUGUCGGUCCAAAGCGGGACAUAGUCGGAGAACUGUCGACCGCCGUGAGAGCCGCUGGCCUAAAGUUCGGUGUUUAUCAUUCACUAUACGAAUGGUUCAAUCCGAUAUAUGAAGAUGAUAAGAAGAAUAACUUUACCACACGAAACUACGCCGAAACAAAAUUGUGGCCGGAUUUAAAGCAACUGAUUAACGAUUACAAGCCAUCAGUUCUCUGGUCAGAUGGUGAUUGGGAGACGUACGAUACGUACUGGAAGUCAACAGACUUCCUCGCCUGGCUGUACAACGAGAGCCCGGUGAAGGAUGAGAUUGUAGUGAACGAUAGAUGGGGUAUUGGGAUCCCUUGUAAACAUGGUGAUUUCUACAAUUGUGCUGAUCGGUAUAACCCUGGUUCUCUACAGAACCAUAAAUGGGAGAACGCGUUCACAGUGGACAGCCGGUCGUGGGGCUUCCGCAAGCCGAUGACCCUCAACGACACACUCACCACAAAACAAGUGCUCUAUGAAGUUGUAUCGACAGUCAGUUGUGGAGGUAACGUUUUAAUAAACGUGGGUCCAACACAAGAUGGCACCAUAGCGCCGAUAUUCCAAGAAAGACUUCUAGAUCUCGGCAGUUGGUUAGAAAUAAACGGCGAAGCGAUAUACAGUACUUCACCUUGGUUACAUCAAAAUGAUUCUUUAAACCCAGAUGUAUGGUACACUUGUCGUAAAACCAAACACAGUCAUAGACAUCCCACCGCGAUACCAAAACCAUCUGAUAACAUUAGAGCUAUUUACGCAAUAGUUCUUCAUUGGCCGACUACAAACAUCCUUCUUGUUAAGGAUCUUUCGACUUAUCUACAUAAUGGAGUUUACAAAAUCGAGCUCUUGGGCAACGAAGGACUUAUUCAAUGGAAUAUCAAGAAUGGCGUAACCAGUAUCGAACUUCCAGACAAGGCUAAAGUACGUUCAGAAAAGGCAUGGACUCUGAAGAUGAGUCUUAAAUAAUUAAUUUAACUUUAUAGAUAUGUAAAUAAAUGUUUAAAAAUAAUAUAGUGCGCUCUUUAACCAAAUAGAGUAGACACAUACAAAUAACUAUUUUGUUACUAUAACCAGCUUUAAAAUUGUCGUUGAAAAAUACGAUUUUUUAGACGAAUGUAUAAUUUAAAACUGGUAUAGGCAAUUUCUUACUUGUUUU